AUGUUAUUGUGGAAGCAAAAUGAGCAUAGGUCUGCCUUUAUUGGUAGAACGGAGACUGAGAAUAUUAUUUGCUCUUACUGUCAUUCAAUGCCAGAACCCCACCCUCUAAUUGUUCCUAUACUAGAGGAAGUUGGUUUUUCUGGGGUUGCAAAUCUCAGACAUCUGAAAGUGGAUCACACAUUAAUCACAACUUUGGUUGAAAGAUGGAGAUCUGAGACUCAUACCUUCCAUUUUCCAACAGGAGAGUGCACCAUAACACUGGAGGAUGUUGCACUUCAACUUGGCCUAAGAGUUGAUGGUUUACCAGUCAUUGGCCCAACAUUAUAUGACUGGGAGGAAAUGUGCUCCACGUAUCUCGGAAUCGUGCCAAUUAAAGAAGAACAAGACGAUAUAAUUGGGGGUCGGCUUGUUUGGCUAUGUUAUAUAUUCAAUGGUUAUAUUGGACGGUGCGGUGGGAAAGACUUGAGAAGUCUCGAGAAGCUCUUCACAUGGGCAGUCAGAAGGUGA